AUGAAGUCCUUCAUCGCCACCGCUCUGCUCCUAAGCAGCAGCGUCCCCUUCGCCGUCGCCCUCCCCUCCCGAUCCAUCCCCAGAGUCAACGCCCGCCCCGUCCGCCGCCAGAACCAAAUCAUCCCCGUGGUCGUCGGCGGUCAGCAACUAACCUUCAUCCCCAACAUCGUCACCGCCGCCAUCGGCGACGUGCUGCAAUUCCAAUUCUCCAACGGGAACCACACCAUCACGGAAUCCACCCCAGACGCUGCCUGCCGGCCGAAGGAAGGCGGCGUGCACUCGGGCCACAUCCCGUUUGAAGACGGGCAGACGGACGUGGGGACGUUCAAUGUUGUCGUGUCUUCCACGGAGCCGAUGUUUCUUUAUUGUGCGACGGGCCCGCAUUGUCAGCUGGGGCAGGUCAUGGUGGUGAAUGCGAACGCGAGGCAGCUGGUAGAUUAUGCAAAGGCGAGUCAGGCGACGGCGGAGAGCGUGGAUGGGACGGAUCCUGUGGAUUCACGCCUGCACCGCCUGAGGAAGAGGCUGCUGCUCCUCCCGCGGAAGCACCACCAGCUGAAGCACCACCUGCUGAAGCUCCUCCUGCGGAGGCACCGCCAGCUGAAGCUCCUCCGGCCGAAGCACCACCCGCUGAAGCUCCGCCAGCUGCAGAGCCCGCCGCAGCAGCUCAUCCCGCUGAAGCAUCGCCAGCUGCAGAACCCGCCCCAGCAGCUCAUCCCGCUGAAGCACCACCAGCUGCAGCACCCGCAGCUGCUCAUCCAGCACCCGCUGAACCUGCUCAUCCUGCACCCGCUGAACCUGCUCAUCCUGCACCCGCUGAACCUGCUCAUCCUGCACCCGCUGCGGCAGCGCCUGCUGUGA